AUGUCUGUACCAGUAUUUAAAAAUUUAUCAUUUUAUUCUGAUCCUCAUUCUAAUGAACCAAGGUACCAAGAAGUAGUCAAGACUUUUUCUGUUAACUUCCCUAAUGAUUCCAUUCAUUUUUUUGCUAGAUCUCCAGGAAGAGUCAACUUAAUUGGUGAUCAUAUUGAUUAUAAUUUUUUCCCAGUUUUACCAAUGGCUAUUUCAAAUGAUGUUAUUGCUGCGGUAAGUGUUGAUAGUGAUAGCAAAGAAAUCAUCAUAACCAACACAGAUAGCAAAGAUUUCCCAAGAGAAGUUAUUCCACUUGACAAGAAAGUAUCCAUUGAUCAAGAACAUCAUUCAUGGGCAAAUUAUUUCAAAUGUGGCUUGAUUGUUGCUGAAAAGUAUUUGAACGAAAAUGGGAUCAACAAUCUCAAAGGUAUGAAACUUACAUUUAAUGGUAAUGUACCAACAGGAGGGGGGUUGUCAUCGUCAGCUGCAUUUUGUGUGGCCUCAACUUUAGCAGUUAUUAAAGCAAAUGGUAUUGAUAAUAUUCCUAAAGAAGACCUCACCAGAAUCACUGUUGUGAGUGAACAUUAUGUUGGUGUUAACACAGGAGGUAUGGAUCAAUGUGCCAGUAUCUAUGGUGAACUGGACCAUGCAUUAUUGAUAGAGUUCAAACCUAAAUUAACUGCUAAACCAUUUAAAUUUCCUAUUGAUGAUUUGAUAUUUGUUAUUACCAAUAGUUUGCAAGUAAGUAACAAACACGAAACAGCACCUAUUCAUUAUAACCUUCGUGUCGUGGAAAUGGGUAUUGCUGCAGAUUUACUAACCAAGAAAUUGGGUUUGCAAAAUAGUAUUCCUAGAGACUCAAACAUUGGUACAAGCAGUUUACGUGGUGUUAUGGAUGGUAGAUUUAAUCAUUCAUGGGAUGGCAAUGAUUACACUGUUGGUAUUGAGCAAUUAAAGCAGAUGAUUGAUGUGGUAGAAAAAGAAUUAACCAAUCAAAAGGGAUAUUCAAUUGAAGAAUGUUGUCAAGAAUUGGAAAUAACAUGUGAGAAGUUUGUUGCUAAGUAUCUUUCCAAGUUCCACGUUGAAUUCAAGACUUUGAAGCUUUACCAAAGAGCCAAACAUGUAUAUAAAGAAAGUUUAAGAGUAUUGGAAACAUUAAAAGCUAUAGCAACUAUUCAUAAUCGUGAAGAAUUUUUAAUGGAAUUUGGAAAAUUAAUGAAUGAAUCACAGGGCUGA